AUGUGUAUGUUGGUUUGGCAAGAGGCGAUGAUCGAGUUUUUCUCUGUUAUGUCGUCAAGUAUUUUAUUUAUUUAUUACUUUUUAACUUAUUUCUGAUUUUACUUAGGAGUUAUGGAAUAAUAUGAAAAAAAUGACUGAAAAAACGGAUCUUCGAAACAUGGUGAUGUCUUUCCGAGUUUCGGAACUCCAGCUUUUAUUGGGUAUAGCCAACCAAAGUCGAUGUGGUCGCAAAACUGAACUAAUGCAAAGAGCUCUGAUGCUGGUGGAGGGUGGUGUCUCACUACAAGUCCAAGCAAAGAUAAAAGAAUUACAUCAAAAAUAUUCACAGAGGAUAUCUGUUGGAUACGCAUCUUAUCUCAUGAACCGAAAUCAAGCUGAAUCAGAUAUAUGUCCAAUUUUAAACGAUCGAGAUUGUGUAGCACCGCAAGAAAACUUACCACCAUUUGUCGAGGUACGACUAAAACACCUACCAUUCUACGACAUCCUGUGUGAUGUCAUGAAGCCAGUCAGCUUAAUCCCAAAGCUUCUCCAAAAUAAGCAGCAGGAGAAUAGAGUGAGCUUCAGCCUCAACGAGAAUCACAUCAGAGAAAUAUCAAAUUCAAGGCAAUCUUUAGGUAAUAACCAAUUCGAGUUCUCCUGCCAACUUCAGUUACGUUUCUGCCUAAACGACCCGUCAUCCAGGCAGCCCGACUGCUUCCCUAAUGGGGUGGCCGUCAAAGUUAAUGGGGUCUUUGCCCCACUACCUAACCUUAUUCCCACAAACAAACCGGGCGUCGAGGCGAAGCGACCAAAUCGGCCGGUUGAUAUAACGAGGCUUUGUCGAUUGUCCACGUCCAUCAAUAACGUCGUCACUAUAAUAUGGAGCAUUGAGGAGAAUAAAAGUCAUUGCGCCUGUAUAAACCUCGUACGAAAGUUAAACUCCAGUACACUACUGCAGCGUUUGAAGAGGAACGGAGUCUGCAAAUCUGAAACCACUAAAGCACUGAUUAAAGAGAAGCUAUCAAUGGACCAGGAUGCUGAGAUUGCAAUGACAAGUCUUAGAGUAUCCCUUCUUUGCCCUCUCGGGAAGAUGAGGAUGACCUUGCCCUGUCGAGCGACCUCUUGCAGCCACCUUCAAUGUUUCGACGCCCUCACCUACCUACAGAUGAACGAGAAGAAGCCGACGUGGGUCUGCCCUGUUUGUGAUCGGUCCGCCGAGUUCAAUAAGCUAAUCAUUGACGGUUUAUUCGUGGAGGUCUUGAAAGAGAUGUCAGACUCAGUUGAAGUGGAACUCAUGAAGGACGGCAGCUGGACUUUGGUAUCAAGCGAAUACAACAACAGUAAUAAUAAUAACAACAACAAUAGCAGUAGUAAAAAUAACAUCAACCUAGACGAUUCAAACUUGUUGAAUACGAGCCUAGAGAUGGUUAAUGAUUCAACAAACAUCAGCACCCCUGUUCCAUCUACAGAACCCCAGCACAACCAUCCAAAUUCUGCUGCUGGUGCCGAUGAAGACAUUAUAGACCUGACAGAAACUGAUGAUGAAUCAACAAGUUGCGACCUAGUUACGACGACGACAACCUCGUCGUCCUCAACCUCAAUCUCACAUGACAACAACAACAACAACUGUAAAUCCAAUAGCAAACCACACCGGCAGCGAAAUUUCAGAGUAGAGGCCUCGGACAAUCCCUCAUCGACCAGUUACUCCAAUGACGACAGCCCGACGAUCUACGACCUCUCACCAGUCAACAUUCCCCUUAGAAAUAACUCGCCUCCUCUUACACCCGCUUCACCAAGCCCCGUAUUAGUACCUCCAUUAGCCCACCGCCACCAUAGCAACAACAACCACCAUGGCAGCAGCAACUCCCAAAACAGCAGUGGGGGCGGUGGCAGCAUUAACUUCAAUCCAUUCAAACACACAUCAAACUUUUCAUCUUCUUCAUCGUCCACAAGUACUAGUCCCUUCAACUUACCCGCCUACCCUUCAACGUCAUCCUCAAUAUUCCCCGCCCUAGGUUUCGACAGUCUACUGCACACGGAUCCGGCUGUCCUCGAACUUUUCUCCCUCAUGGCGAACCCACUCGCUAAUUUUUCGCCUAAUCGGGGGGCACUGGGGCAACAUCGCACGGACAAUUUGUUCGAUUUUUUAUACGAUAAUUCUGUCAGGACAACCACGUCUUCAGACGGAGUUUUGACUUAUAACAAUGGCGGUAUUUCAUCCCCGAAAGGAAGAAGAUCAUAAAUAAUAAAUAGAUCCAUUUUCCAUAUUAUAUAUUUUAUAUCAUUGCAUAACGAUUGUGUAUGUAAAUGCGCGCGCACACACACACACAUAUAUAUAUAUCCACGAAUGUACACAUAAAUUUGUAUAUAAAUGUAUGUAUGUAUUAAAUGUAUAUGUAUACAGAAAAUUAAUCUAGUAUUAUCGCACGUGUUUUAUUUAUUAACAACUCUAGCAAGUGAAUACAAUCUUAAUUAAUUUGUUAGUUUGUAAAAAAAAAUCCAUAAAUAAACGAUUUUAAAGAUGAUUCGUUUUAUUCAAUUCAUUGUAAUUCAAUGUGGAUUCCUAUGUGCACACAUGAACGCUUACAACAAUGUGUGUAAUAUUGAAGCUAUAUAUUAAUGUAUGUAUGCGUGUGUUUGUAGAAACGGGUUUUGAUAAAGAGGAAGAGGAGAGGGAGAAAAAGAGAGAGAUUGAGACAAAUACACAGAAUGUUCAAUCAUGGGUCCUGUCUAUCUCUUCACGAUACCCUUCAACUGCUUCUUCUUCAACCUUUUCAACUUUUUCGUG